AUGGUUUCAUCUGUAUACCGAUCUGUGUGCAACAUUUUCCGUCAAUAUUGCUUAUGUUUAGCUAUCUACAUGUGUGAACCUUGGGAAAAGUUUAUAUUGCAUUGCAUCACGCUAUCAAUUAUGAUUGCUUUGACGUAUACAGCAGCCUUGUUUAUCCCUAACCAACUGCUUACCCUCGUUACAUUUGUAUGGAGGUGUCUCACUGUAGAUAAAUCUGAAGAUGUUAAAUUCAUUUAA